GCCAGCUACAAGGUAAAGAAGGUAAAGUGUCCCGUCACACAGCAACUUAAGCUCGCAGCCUCGUCACGUGACGGCAGUUCGCUACAACCGGCGUGAGUCCUGACCUGCCCAGCAUGGCGGACCGGGACGAGCGGCGCUUCGCGGAGGUCUCCCGGGACUCCGUCAAACUCAUGGCGGAGAGUGCGGGCGCGGAGCUGGGCGACGACGUGGCGGCGCUGCUGGCCGAGGACGUGUGCUACCGGCUCCGGGAGGCCACGCAGAGCAGCUCUCAGUUCAUGAGACAUGCGAAGAGGAGGAAGCUGACGGUGGAGGACUUCAACAGAGCCCUGCGCUGGAGCAACGUGGAGGCCGUGUGUGGCUACGGGGCUCAGGAUGCUCUCCCGUUCUGCCCGGUGAAGGACGGCGAGCUCUUCUUCAUCGAGGACCGCGACAUCAACCUGGUGGAGCUGGCUCUGGCCACCAACAUCCCCAAAGGCUGCGCUGAGGCCAUGGUGCGGGUAAACGUGUCUUACCUGGACGGGAAGGGCAACCUGGAGCCCCAGGGCACAGUCCCCACCGCGGUGCAGUCUCUGUCUGAAGACCUGCUGAAGUACUACCAGCAGAUCACCAGGGCCGUCCUGGGGGAGGACCCCCACCUCAUGAAGGUGGCUCUACUGGACCUCCAGUCCAACUCCAAGAUGGCUGCCCUCCUGCCGUACUUUGUGUACGUCAUCAGCGGGGUGAAGUCGGUGAGCCACGACCUGGAGCAGCUCAACCGGCUCCUGCACAUGGUGAAGAGCCUGGUCCAGAACCCCUACCUGUACCUGGGCGCGUACGUGCGCAGCCUGGUGUCCAGUGUGAUGUACUGCAUCCUGGAGCCGCUGGCCGCCUCCAUCAACCCGCUCAACGACCACUGGACCCUGAGGGACUACGCGGCGCUGCUGCUCAGCCACAUCUUCUGGACUCACGGGGAUCUGGUGAGCGGCCUCUACCACCAGAUCCUGCUGUCGCUGCAGAAGGUUCUGUCCGACCCGGUGAGGCCGCUGUGCUCCCACUACGGAGCCGUGGUGGGGCUCCACGCUCUGGGCUGGAAGGCUGUAGAGAGGGUGCUGUUUCCUCACCUCCCCGCCUACUGGGCCAACCUCCAGGCCGUGUUGGACGACGACUCCGUGUCCAACGCCCAGGUCAAAGCAGACGGACACAAGGUCUACGGAGCCAUCCUGGUGGCGGUGGAGCACCUGCUGAAGAUGAAGGCCGUGUCUCCGCCAGCAGACGGAGGCUCCGGCGCCCAGCCCGGUUCUGCCGGUGGCGCUGUGGGUUACCGGGCGAGCUCCCCCGGCCUCAGCCCCCCCCCAGAGCCCCUAUCGGAGGCCGCCCUGGGCAUCGCCAGCCACCUGCAGGCGGGCGGCGCCGGCUGUCCCUGGGAGGAGUGGACCCCGGUCCCGCUGCCCGCCAUGUACUGUGAGCUGUACUCCUUCUUCGGGGACAGCCUGGCGGUCCGGUUCAGCACGGGCCCGGGGUUCGGCAGCUCCCCCCCCGGCCCCCCGGCGCGGCGCGGCGAUGCCAGGAAGGAACCCUGUGGCCCCGCCUCCAACCCCGACACCGCCCGGAAGAUGCCUCAGCUGACCGCCAACCUCAACAUCAGCCCGCGGCAAGACGGGAGUCCUCGCACGGACCCGCCCCCCCCCAGCCUGGCCGCUACCGGACCAGCACGGUCCCUGGCUCGCUGCUCCUCCUCCUCCUCCUCUUCCUCCGUGCAGCGCUCCAAAUCCUCCGUGUCCCGGUUGGGCCAGCGGCCCGCCGGCCCAACUCGCGACGUCUUCCCCAAAGCCCGGUUCACCUCCCCUCAGACGGGCCUUCCCGUGUUCUCCUUCCUCAUCGGCGGGCGGCAGAUGGGUCGCCGCUGCCAAGGCCGCCGCCCCUUCCAGACCACCUUCGCCCCGACUCCGCCCCUCGCCGCCGCCCCGCCGCGCGCCUACGCUCACAAGCUGCCUGUGAUCGGCCGGGUGGGCAAACCCGUGCGGCGCUGGGCGGGUUCCCACUACUCGCUCCACCUGCCCCUCUAGAGGGGAGACGCCGUCAAGGGUGGUGUUUGAGAAGACGUAGUUCACCGAGUCAACACCAGGGGGCGGACACCCCGUCCCGGUGGGGGUGGACCGUGUUCAUCGUGUCUGAAGCGGAGGAGGAUUCAGAAGAUACGCUAGAACUUUAUCGUUUGAUUGUUCUGGUUUAUCGGUGAACGAACUAGUCAACUAGUCAUUUGAGCUCGUUAAGGGCUGCCGCUCAGACCCGGGUCAGGACCUGGACCCCCAGGAGAGGGACCGGGAUGAGACCGCAGACCUGAGGAUCCGAGCUCUAUUCAGUUUGGACCUGUUGUUCGGCGCUGGUUGUCUGACUGAAUAAAACAUGUUUGUGUUCUGA